AAAGGCAGAUAGCGGACCAUGGGGAGCAGGGGAAAACUUUUUAUACUGACAUGUUAGCGCAAUGACUUUUGAGUAACAUCAAACUGGGACGAGGCUCCCGGCGUGAGGAGGACAGGGCCCUUUUACGGGAACAAAAAAGGAGCACUUGCCAUCUGCCGGGGAAACGGGAACGAAAAGCAAGCAGAGAGAGUUGAGACCAGUCCAAGAAAUCAGCGGUGGAAAAUCCAGUUUAGCCAUUUGAAUUGAAAGAUGAGCUUGUUGUCUGCCAUAGACACGAGUGCCUCCGUGUACCAGCCUGCGCAACUCCUCAACUGGGUCUAUCUCUCCUUGCAAGACCCCCACCAAACCAGCGCCUUUGACGCAUUCAGACCCGAACCCAACUCUUCCCACCCGGAUCUCAGUUUCAGCAAGACUCCCGCAGCGGCGGACUUGAGCUCUUCCCUGAACUCCAACUAUCUCAACAACUUCUUUCAGCUGCAGAGGAAUGAGGCCUUAAACAACAACGUGUACAAGAAUGUGUCACCCUAUGGCUCCCUGAACAACAUCGUGGAUGGACUCAACUCCCUGACGGACCAUUUCUCAGACCUUUCCCUCUCUUCAGAGCCAAGAAAACCAAACAAAAGACCCCCACCCAACUACUUAUGCCACCUGUGCUUCAACAAGGGCCACUACAUCAAAGACUGCCCUCAGGCCAGACCCAAAGGUGAAGGGCUGACACCCUACCAGGGGAAGAAGCGAUGUUUCGGAGAGUACAAGUGCCCCAAGUGUAAGAGGAAGUGGAUGAGUGGCAACUCCUGGGCCAACAUGGGACAAGAAUGUAUCAAAUGCCACAUCAACGUCUAUCCACACAAACAGCGCCCCUUAGAGAAGCCGGACGGCCUGGAUGUGUCUGACCAGAGUAAGGAGCACCCGCAACACCUGUGCGAGAAAUGUAAAGUCCUGGGCUACUACUGCCGCCGUGUGCAAUAAUCAUCUUUAAUCAGAGAAAGAGUCAGAGAGCAACUUUUGUGUCCCAAGUCCUAUUGCUCAUUCUCCAUCAAGGCUGUUAACUUCCUCCCUUUACAUCAAGGUUUCCCUCAUCCCUGCCCUGCACACAGCAUGGCGUCCUUUCCUCCUCACGUCUUCCCCUCCUUCUCUCAGAUGCCUCAAAUAUAGACAGUAGCUCUAAUCCUUCCUGUCCCUCUUCUCAACCACCCGUGGAUUUUUAAUCAUUAUGCUUUUUUCCCAAUGACAGUAUUGAAGAUUUCAUCCAGGAAUGAGAUGUUAACUUAGGAUCAAUCUCUCAAAAGUGCUCUUCAUCAAAAGCAAAAACUCGCCAAAAUCAGUGACUUUUUGUGCCUCAUGCAUCAGAAACCACAUAACCCCACUGAUCCAACCUGAUGUUUAACAACAGCUAAUCAUAUAUCGAUGAAUUAGCAUCAUUUGAGUCACUGACAGUAUUGGUCUCAAUAGAUUACCUCACCUUGGGGUUUGUUGGCUUUGUGUUUACAGAGAUCUGCCUUCCAUUUCCCUGCCAAGUGAAGUGUGUGGUAAUGUGACGAACGUUUAACCCGGGCCUCUCAUGACGGUAUAAUGUAUUCGAGGCCUUUGAUGUCUUGCCGUAUUUGGGUCAACAGCACAUCUUAUUAACUGUGAAUUAACUGAGGGACAAUGUGCCAUACAUCCCUAGCUUACAUUUGGCCUAUUUAUUUUCUUGUUGUCUAGUGUGCAAUUUGAAUUUUAACUGGGACAUAAAGAAAUGUUUUUGUAUGUUUGUAUAUCACAUUAUUGUGUAACUGCUUCCACGUGUCUUUAGAAACUACUGUAGGUUCAGUCGCUCCUCUUCUAGAUUUAGUGCGUUGCUAACAGAUAAGGUUUCAUUCACCCUCCCUGAAGUAUUUUUGUUGCCACACAAAUUCUCAGUUAUCUAUAGUGUUAGAUAGGUGUUUAUGUUAGAUAGGUAAGUUGUGUUAAUUUUGAAAUCACAAGAAGGUCAGCUGAGAAGGAAAACAGCUCUAGUUUUAGUAACAAUAAUCUUGCCGUCCACGCAGUUUGAGUUGAAUAUUCAGUUUUUCAAAGCACUUGAAAAAAAUCAACUGCUUGCCACAUUUUGAUUGCAAUUAUAAAACAGAAUUUUAGAAGUUUAAGUGUUCAGACGUAAAGCCCAUAGACUGUUUAUAAAGAUGAGCGACUUCUAUCCACUUCUUCCAAAAUAUUCCGACACUGGCGCUGCCAUCUAGUGCUGGUGACGUCAUUUGGAGCCUGAGUCCGCACUGUAGCGAUAUGCAAAUGUAGCCAUAGUAUCUACGGUCCGCCUCUAUACCCAUCUGACUCAAUUGUGAGUCAACCCCCCUUUUAUAGCAUCAAAUAACUAAUUAAAACCAAACUUAAGGGGGAUUUAUACUUGUGCAUCAGCUCUAAGCAGAGCCUACGCCGUUGUGAGCUUUCAUACUUGUGCGGUGGUGUGUUUGUGUCACUCUGCAGUUACACCUCCAAAAAACUAGUCAGCUGUGUGCUUUCUGUGAAGUGCUAUAAAGUUUAGUUGAUUCAAAACACACAUUAAACAUGGCUUAAUAGCUACAAUUUCUAACACAAGUACACAAAUCAGCUUCACUAUAAAUCGCAGCAUUCCCAGACAAAGCAUUUGUCUUUAGCUGGACACAUUUUCCCCACAAAUACAACAUGCUAAUGUUUUUAGCACAAGGCUAUGGCAUUUUACAUUGUGUAAAUUAGCCUAGCAGCUAGCAGACUUUUUCUGUAGGAUAUGAAGCCAGGGACAACAGCAACAUUUAAAAAAAGUAACGUUACAAAAUUCAGCUCUAUUACAACUCACAAUGUUCACAGACAAAACAACUGUCUUAUACUAAACAUGUUUUCCAAAUAAAUAUAACAUGCUAACGUUAUUAGCACAAGCCUAUGGCAUUUUACAUUGUAUAAAUUAGCCUAGGGACUAGCGGACGUUUUCUCCACUCAUGUGAAGCCAGGAUAAAUCACACAAGAGACUUAAGAUGCUAUUUUUGUGUAGGUUUAAUUGUCUUCACAAUUUAUUGUUUCUUAUCUGUGAAAUUAAAGUAUAUAAAAGCUUUGUUUCCACUGAGGGAAAUGGUUUCUGCUCACAAAAAUAGACAGGAGGCCUGCGUCGCUGCAACGUGUAGUUACAUUUCUGGGGAGGUGCACAUCAGGUUACAGCAUAGGGUCCGUAGGUACGGGGAUGAUUUUAUGCAUAAGUAUAAAUCCCGCAUUACUCUGCAGCCAGCCACCAUGGGGCUGUCGAGAUGUUUUGGCUUCACUUUUGGGGACCUGUCACGCCGUUCAUCUCUAUAUACAGUCUAUGAUUAGAUGUAACCACUCUGAUUAGAUUCCAACUUCAAAUUAGUCAAAUAAAAAAGCAGAUUUUGGUUUGACAGAGAAUCAAAAAGACAUUUUAGUUCACAUUUAAGUGCCAGUUGAUGCCUGGCUGCCAAAGUGGAAUCAAUGAAGCUAAACAGAAACUUUCCAAGAGCUUGCACCCUUAAAAACUAUGUCCAACAAUCGAAUGCAGUGUAAAGAGUGUCGAGAGGGAAGUGAAGUUUUGCAGAACUGCAAUGAUUUUCAGGUUGGUUGAGAAAAAUAAGAUUUGAUAUUGGAGGGCUGAUUGUGAAGUGUUGAUGCUGAAGAAUUAAGGAUAUAUAGAAAGUGAUGAUGAAUUCAGUUUAGACUUAUAUUAUUUUUUAUGAAUAUAAGUGCCUACUAUUAUAAACCAAUGUCUUUAAAGAGAGAGAAGGACACAUCCUGUUUACAUAUAUCACAGUGCAUAUCUGAAGCACUACAGAGGAAAGUAAUGUAGUUUUGACUUAUAGAAACCUGCCUUUCAAGGAACCUUAGCAUAGGAAUUGUGAACUAUUGUAUAUGUACUGUAUUUCUAGCCUUAUAAAAGCUGGUUGACUAUAUAUUUUAUACUGUAACAUACUGUACGUGCCUUAAAAAGAUUUAAAUCAUUCUGAAGUAUCAGGACUAGGAAGCCGAUUGAAAUUGGGAAAAGUCAAGUGGGGGUAGGCCCAGAGACAGAGCAGUUUUAGUGCAUGUGGUAACUGUGAUGCAUAGUAAGUUUAAUGCAGGUUCAAGAUGUGACAAAGGACAAGAAAUUGAUGUAGUUCCUCUAUUAGUUUGAACUGGCAUGGUGGGUGUUCGCUUCAACACAGUUUGCUGAGUUGGAGGCACGGGCUGAAACAGCAUUUCCAGCUGGCAAUAACAAUCCUACUGCGGUCUGUUGUCAUGGAAUAUCCACAAAGAUGUUAUUUCUUAGUCGAUCAUCACAACAGACCGGAGUCGCGCAUGAAACUGUGGACCUCACUCUUUGUUUCUUUUAUCUAUUGUAGUUGUGUUUAUCAAAGGAACUGUGGGUUUUGUCAAAAAAUAUACAUGGUCGCUGGCCUCAGUGGGAGAGCUCGUAGUGGCUGAUUAUGGUACCUUACAGUUUUGGGAAAUUUAGCUAAAUUCCAUCUGUGAAGUUAAAGGGGCACUCCAGAGCAGAUCCACAAAGUUGGAAGGCUUGCGAGAGACACAAAAAUACCUGAUAUCAAUGUAGCAGAGGCUGAGAUAACAAUAUCUUUAUUCCCUGGUAUGGCUCAAGCUUCAAAUAUGCUGGAUCCUACCUUUCCCAUAAUGCAACUCAACAGCAUCUUUCAGCAGACUUCCCCCGCCUGAUGAAUGCCCCAAUCUUUCAGACUCUUAAUCCCCAGUUUGUAACGCAGGCUUUUUGUUAAAAAUGUGUCUCCAAGCCCAAGCUGAGAUAAGCGUGAUGACACCAUUAUGACAUCACCAGGGUUAUUUUCUAAGGCUACAUCCACACUAAUAUGCUUUCGUUUGAAAACGCACUACUUCUGCUACAUUUUUGCAGAGCGUCUGCACGACUCCAGUGUUUCCGAACCCCUAAAACAGAGACUUUUGAAAACAACUGUAAACCUGUUAUUACUGAUGGCGAUCAUUUCUGAAAUGGUGCUAAAACGCUCGUGUGCGGAAAUCAUUUUAAUUUUAAAAUCAAAUUGAAUUAAGCCCCUUUCACACAUGCACUGCAAACCUGAAAUCUUCUAGACAUUACCCAAAAGAGCUAUAUGCAAGGGCAUGUGUCCACAGUGGGUUUUUUUUAGUAGAAAAGCACUGACAGAGUGCGUCAUCCCAGCGAUUCAUAAAAAACAAACAAUAUCUUGACAGUAACAUUAGCUAGGUAGCUAACGUGAUGCUACGUUAACAGAGGGUUGACACAGUUUACUUUAAGUUUACAAAGCUAACGAUGAUAAAAGAACACUCACCAGCAACAUCCAGUGUCCGCCCGCCAAUCUGAGGCAAAGUGCUCUGAAAAAAGAUACUGAGCAUGGCGCUUGUGGGGGGGGUUGGAGCCUAUCCCAGCUGACACUGGGCAAGAGGCGGGGUACACCCUGGACAGGUCACCAGACUAUAACAGGGCUGACACAUAGAGACAGACAACCAUUCACACUCACAUUCACACCUAUGGACAAUUUAGAGUCACCAAUUAGCCUGAAUGUCUUUGGACUGCGGGAGGAAGCCGGAGUACCCCGGAGAAAACCCACGCUGACACGGGCAGAACAUGCAAACGCCAUACCGAACCCCCCACCCUGGAUUUGAAUCUGGAACCCUCUUGCUGUGAGGUGACAGUGCUAACCACUGUACCACCGUGCCACUACUCAUUGAGAACAACUGGGAACAAAAAUAAUAAAGAAGACGCUGGCGCUGAGGAAAAAAAGCCAUGUUGACACAGGCCCUAAAAUCAUAGACGUCCAAAUCAGUUGAAUCAGACAUUAAACAGAUUUUACCCUCCCAGCUCCCUAGAACAAAAUCCGUGUAAUGUCCAAUUGAGCCCAUGUGUGAAUAGAGCACGUAAUAGUCUGCAGAAUGGGUUCAUCGAUGAUGCUUCUAUCAUGAGGCUUGCACAAAACUAGAAGAAAGAAAACAUACAAGGGUGAAGAAGACGGGUCAUUUACGCGAAAAUGGCAGCGAAAAUGCGUGACCGAAGAGAUGACAUGCUUCGUAAAUUCUGUCGGUAAAGACUGAAGCCGAAAUUGUCAGACAAAUUAAAGAAACAGCACAAGACUCAGAUAUGUGACCAUGGUGUUAUCCUCAUCGUGUCCUGCCUCCGGCACGCUCUACCCAGGCACCAAGCCUCGCCCAAACCAAACAGAGUCUUCCCAGUAGGUGUGAAUGUCUCUGACACGGACGAUUUCCCGUUGUGUGAAGCAUGUGUGAACGGGAAACUCUGGACAAUGUCUGGACCUGAUUCUCCGGACACUGAUAGGAGAAACUGACUUUAGUGUGGAUGUAGCCUGAGACUUGACAAAGCUCCUCCAGAGCUACAGAAGACAUAAGACAACUCGUACUCCCUGUGAUGAGUAAAGUAAACCUUGCGAGUAAAACUGGUGGAGUGCUCCGUUUAAAGGAAGGAAUUUGCGUAUCUUUAUCACCAAAAGUUAGAGACCUAAUCUGAAUGAAAGACUCUCCUUGUAGCUGGGAACAAUCCAUUUUUCUUACUGUUAACAUCGUCUUUCUUUUUGCUCUGUGUGAUGACAUUAACCUAAAAAGGUCUUUACAUCUAUCGUCCACAUCAUACCGUGUGGCUGUAAUGAAAGGAUACCAAUGAUGCCUUAUGAACUAACCUCAUAAACAAGUAACAAUGUUAUUGUGAUUCACCGAGUUCUGGCAGAAUAAAGAGAAAUCCUGUUAGAGAGUUUGAUUCAGCCCAGAGACAUGAUCUGAGGAGGCCAUUUUAAAUGGCAAAUCAAGAGCCAAUGGAAGCAGUUGAUACAAUACAUUUUAAGAAAAGAAAUCUGCCUUCAGACGUAAUGUCUUGAAUUUCAUAUACUUGACUUUUCUAGUACCUUUUCAGUUCAAAUUUGUUAUUUUCUAUGAAUGAGAUGUGUAUUUUGGAACACUUAGAUGUUGAAAAUUUUAAAGCAAUCUGCAAAACUCAAGAGUUAAAUCCCUGACAAAGAUAAAGACUGUUGUUAUGUAUAUAUUUGAUGGCCAUCAUUAUCAAGGAUAGUAGCUCUUUUAAAGUGUUAUGCAAUAUUGAAGCUUUUUUGUGUGUGUGAAGAAGGGCCUAUUGCUGAGAAAUAAACAAAGCUGGGAGUUUUUUUUUCUUUAUGUUUUACAAUAAUCUGAGGGGUUUAUCCUGCAGAAAUAUUUAUGGAAAGAUUUUUUACAACACUUUUUGUAUAGAAUAUGCAACAAAGUUACACUAAGAAGGAAAUAUUGAUGUCUACAUAGAAUAUUAUGAAAUGAAAAAAAACGCUGGUACAUAAUUAAUACCCUUUCUCAAUUAUAAGCCAUUGUAUUUUUUGUGUGUUUGGUUUUAUGAUGUUAUCAGUGUUGAAUAACCCACAAUGUUAUUCAGUUGCUAUAUGUAACUAAUUACGAGCUGCCAUUUACAUCCAUACAGUCGCAUGUAUUCAUUUUGUAAACAAUAUUAUUAAGAUAUGUAUUGUGUUAACAUGCAGAAAUCUUUUUUUUUUUCCUCUUAAUUAGUGACGGAUACUCACCACUGUAUAAGCACGAUAAACUGUGAGAUGUAGUUUGCUUAAAGCAGCAAUGACAAGAAACUAUUAUAAGAUGUUACGUUGUUAUUAGUAGUUUAGGGGAGUGUAUACUUUUGUCAAGAAAGCGUGUGUGACAAAGAACUAUUUUAGAGUUUGCAUGUGCAUGUGUUUGGUUUUGGAUGAAACAUUAUUUUGUGCAAUGUAUACUUAUUUAAAUAGUUUGCUACAGUACAUAUUGUUUUUAACAUUAUCAGCAACUUCUGAUUGUUAGUAGUCCUGAAGUAUUUCAUUUACCGCUAGUGUAGCCUCUACGAAUAAUACAUAUUUACUGAAUGUAAUGUGUUAACACUUAUGUGGUCAUCUUGGAAAAGUUAUGUUUGUAUUCUUUACUGUCAAUGUUUGUAUUGCAAUAUUGCAAUAAUGUAAUAUUUGAAUUGGACAGAACACAGGCGUGAGGUAGGGAAGACAAUGAUUUUUUGGGGGAAACAAGGACAGUCAUGGUUUCGAGAGUAGACCACAGGUCUGUUUUUCAUGUCCAUGAAACGGCAUUCCAAAAUGUGCCUUAUUUGUUAGUUGGGAAAACAUUUUAGUGCUUUAGUGCUGUCGAGAGUUUGAUGAAUUAAAGUCAUAUUGAAUUAGGA